CGUGAAUCGGUUAGAAUGUUAGGUAUAAUAUAAAAUCUAUUAAAAUAUUCGAGAUGAAAUAUUUGUUGUCAUAUAUUAUAUGUACCUUAAGCGUUUACUUUCCUUCCAAUAUUCUAAUUUCGACGUUACAAAUCGAUCGUAAUCCGAAUAUUGAUGAUUUAAUCGAUAAAUUAAUGAAAUCUGAUAAAUUCGAUGAACUGGCAAGCAAAAUUGCCGAGAAGGCUGUAGAAAAAAUUAAAGAUAUGCAAAAUCGAAACAAAUCUAUCAAUAAUAAAGGUAAAAACGAAGUAAAUUAUCGAAACUCUGCCGAAAAGAAUUUUACAACACACGAUAUAUUUCCAAAAUCGAUGUUCGACGAUGAUUUUGUGAAAUCGAUAAUUAAUCGCGAUUCAUUCGAUAAUUUAAGUUUGAAAUAUGUUAAAUUCGUUAAAAAUAAAUCCAAUAAAAAUGCUAAUGUAUCUGAAGAUUCGAUAAGCAUAGAAAAUUCAAUCGCAAACAUAUCAAGUGAAAUCAAUUUGAAUAAGAAGAAAAAAAGAAAAGGUGACCAUAAACAAAAGUUAAUUGAAAAAAGUAAAUCAUCCAAAGAAGAAAUAUCAAUAAGCGACAGCGUAAGUUAUGAAGAAAAAGAAAAUAAAAUACAGAAGAAAACAAUUAAAAAAAUCGGGGAGAAUACAGAAAAUGCUAAAGAAGAGCCUGUAUUAGAAUCAGAACAAAUUCUAAAUAACGAAUCAGACGAAUUAAGCGUUAACGAUACUAAAAUAAUUACAGAGUCCAAAGAUAUGGAAGAUAUUAAAUUAUCAGAUGAAAUCAAAUAUAAAGACGAUUCCGCAGCUAUAGCGACACAGAGAAGCAAACACAACAAAAAAAAUAAAAGAAACAAAAAGGUUCUUAGAAAAGAGAACGAUAGAGUUUACUUUCUAGAAUCUUCUUCAGAAUAUGACGGUUACAAAGAUAAAAUAUACGAUGCUUUAGAAGACUGAAGAAACAUUAAGAAAAUUACA